AUGUCCUCCUCGUCGUCAUCGUCAUCGUCGUUGUACAAACACACCAAUACCUACAGCACUUCUGAACAGAAAAAAGACGCAUAUCAGCAAGAUACUUAUGCCUCAAAGGCCCCGCUGGGAUCUCAGGCAUCGACCUCCUCAUCUGGGGUGGGAUUGAAGGCAGAAUUUGCAGACAAGAAACCAUCUCCCCAUCAGUCUGAUUUUUCGAACAAGCCGCAAAAUUUUCCAUACGAUGCUGCAAGAUCUUUUUCCAACAUUUCGCCGACGUUUUCCGAUGCAAAGCCUUCCGACUUUCAGCAUUCAAAAUUGGCAUCAUAUCCCUCAAUGUCAUCGACCCCAUCGCUUGGGGACAGCGUGUCGACCUCUUCUCUGUUGACGCUUUUGUCAAGGACUACAUCUUCAUCCUGCUCAAUUCCAUCCAAAAUACCGUCGCCAUCGAUCAAUGCCUCUAGCCCGCUGUUGCAAUUAGUCGACGAAAAUCAGGCUUUCAAUAACCAUUUGGAGCACCAUCUUUGUGAUGUUCUGCACUUGUACCCACGCGGAGGAACAUCCACUUGUGACUACAAAGUGAUUGCUGUCUUUGGCGCUCAAAGCUCCGGGAAAAGCACUUUGCUGAAUGCGCUUUUUGGCACUGCAUUUCCAGUCAUGAGGGACGAAGUUUUCCCGCAUCCCUUAGUGCUAGGAAUUUGGCUUAGCAAGUCUCAAGGCGCGCCCUUCCUGAUUCUUGAUGUGGAGGGCACUGAUGGCAGAGAAAGAGGCGAAAAUCAGGUAGUUACUCUCUUUUUACGCAUGCAGGACUUUGAAAGAAAGGCCGCUCUUUUUUCGCUGGCCAUAGCUCAGGUGGUCAUUAUAAACAUGUGGGAAUAUUCCGUCGGGCUCUACAAUGCUGCAAACAUGGUUCUUUUAAAGACCGUUUUGGAGGUCCAUGCACAGUUGUUCCAGAACCAAAAAAGUUCUGUUCGCACAACUCUGCUGUUUGUCAUUCGUGACUUCAUUGGGACUACUCCUUUUUCUCAGCUGCAGAACAUUAUUAAAAAUGACCUCGCCUCCAUUUGGUCAUCUCUAUCAAGCAAAAACAAGGAAAGGCACGAUUCGUUGGAAGAUCACUUCAUCAUUGCCUUUGCAAAUUUGCCUCAUAAGGUUCUGAAGCCAGACGACUUUUCCAGACAAAUAAAAGACUUGGCCACAAGAUUCUACGAUGCUGAUUCCAGCAACCCAAAUUCGGCUCCCAUUUUCGCACACAUCAACCGCUCUGAUAGCUCAAUUGUUCCACUGGAUGGCUUUGCUGCAUAUGCUUCUGUAAUUUGGGAGCGCGUCAAGACAAACAAGGAUCUAGACUUGCCAACGCAGCAACAGCUGCUUGCCCAAUUUAGAUGUGCUGAGCUGUGCCAAAUUGCCUGGGAUCGGCUUGAGACCGCUUUGGCCGGCCUGACGCUGUCAAAUGGAGCACUCCAUCCUUCUCUUGGAGCAUCUCUUGAUGCUCUUCUGACAUCUGCAGAUGCAGAGUUUUUGGGUGCCGCUCAGCGCUACCAUCCGGCAACCGUUGAAAGGCAACGAAUGGAUUUAUUGGAAAAGUCCAUUGUCACCUUCAGACCAAUUGUUACGGAGCAACUACGUACGGCUAGUAGGCGAGCGCUAUUGUUAUUUGUGGGGGGCGUUGAAGCCGGCAUGAGAAGCGGAACGCACAAAUUUUCUGACAUUGUCGCCUCCAAUUCAUCUUCUGCCGCUUCCUUUUUCGAUGAAAAAGCAAACACGGCCAUGCCUCAGUCUCUGAAUACCGGAAGUGAUACACUUCGUCAAAUGGGCAUUUCUCCAAUCGACUGGGGGCUUUCAGAUGUGAGAAAAGAACUGCUCGAGUCUAUCAAUGAGCGCGCUUCAUUUUACAAGCGAGAAGAGCUACAAAGAGCGAUAACCCUGGUGUCUGAUAGCUUUCAAAAGGCUUUAACCCGAAGACUUUCCGGGUUGUUGGAUGAUGCAUCCUCUGGGGCGCUUGAGUCUAGAAAAAAGUCUGCAUCAGAAGGGGAGAGAGGCGAAGCUUUGAGUGGUGGCAGUGGUUUGCAUUCUUCUUCAGGGGUCUGGGAGGCUCUGUUCCAGCUUUACCCCCGUCUGGUUGGGGAUGCACAAACUGCUCUUUCCAACCGGAUUUCGGGCAUUCUUUCCUCAGACCUGAGCAUGGAUGAUCGUGAAAAGGAUAAAAACGCCGCGCAAGCAAAAGAGCUCGGCCAAAAGCUGUAUCGCUCUUGCUGGGAUCACAUGCUAACUCGCCUAAAAGAAGACUUUACCACAACUUCGGUUGUUUUGGCGAGAUUAAAAAGAAGGUUCGAUCGCACCUUUAGAUACGAUGCUAAAGGUGCCCCUAGGCUGUGGACACCCGGCGAAGAUGUCAACAAGCCCUACAGUUUGGCAAUUGAGCAGACCACUCUUUUGCUGGAAGAUUUUUCUGAACUUGUCGGAAUUCCGAUCGGGGCUUCCUUUGUUCCGUCCUCCCAGACCAUGGAUCGUAUCCCAUUGAUGUCUCCAGAGCAAAAAGCCCUGAUCAAGGAGUCGUUUUUGAGAGAUGCGGAGCUGGCGUUCAUCGAGGCAACUAGAUCGACCCUUUUGCAGCCAAGGACCCAAAUUCCAACGUGGCUUAUUGUGCUAUUGAUUGUUUUGGGCUGGAACGAGUUUAUGGCCAUACUCGGGUCGCCGUUUUACUUUUUGAUAGCGUUGAUUUUGGUGGGCAUUCUCGUUGUGUAUGGAUACCUGCCUGCAUUUGGGUCUCUCAUCCCGACCGCUACUUCAAUUUCAAACAUCUUGAUUUCCAGGGCAUUAGAAUAUAUACAGCAAUUUGCCGCCCAAGAGCGCCGCCCAGAAGCCGGCCAUUCUCAGCGAAGAAGCACAUUUUCGCCCUCGUCGUCAGGCUCGUCAUUGAGAACACAGGCUUCCCACUUUGACACUCAUAAGCCAUCUUUUGGCGGCAAUCGCAGCUCCCCUCCAAGCUUUUCGCCAGAUCUGGCAGCCAAUGCUGAUUUCCACGACGAUCAAGACGAUGAUGAAUACGCUAGUAAUGAGCGGACCUCUCUGCUUUCCACAAUUUCGAAAAAAUAA